UCUCUCUCUCUCUCUCUUUCUUUCUUUCUUUUCUUCUGGUAAUGAAGGGGGAUUGGAUUGGUUGUUCUCAGAACAGGGUGCUGGAAUUGAAGCACAGAUCAGUAGCAUCCCUGUUGCAGUGGCUGUCGCAUGAAUUCUUUGAAGAUCUCUGGAGAAAACAGAAAGAAACAAACGGCGAGGUGGCAAACCUGGACAAGAGAUCAUUGGGUAAAGUGGAGCAGAGAGAAGUGGCGUGUGGUUUUCCAUGCCCCUAAAUUACCCUACAUAGGAAGCCAUCUACAAGCAUUGCAAAGGCAUGAAAAAAUUAAUCCAGCCAGAUUCCCCAUGGCUUCCUCAGGAGACCCUGUUGCUUUGAUUAGGAAAUUCCACCAGCACUAGAGAACACAGUUUUGGGAUCAGUGCUUGUUCAACAUACUUUCAGUUUUUAGCUUUCAACAUAUAACUGAAAAAGUCCCAGAAAAGUUGAUCUAUCCACAUUGAUCAUCUCUGAAGAGUUGCAGACCCACUGAGUACUAAAGCAAACAUUUCUUCUGCGUGAGCCAAAAAGAAAAGAAGAAAAACAGCCUGCCAAACACCUGUAAAGUGAUGACUAUCAUCAUAUGGGAAUUUGAAGAACUACUAUAUGGCACAUUCAUGAUCCAAAUGGGAGAGGAUCAACUGUUGUGAUAUCUCAGAAAGGCUUAUAACAGUGUAAACAAGAGGAGAAAAAUAUAUUGACUUGUCAUCUGUGCUUGUACACUAGAUUUCCAUGUAGUUACUGUAGACAAAUUCAAAGCAAACAUACAGAUAGUUCUUUAAAAAUCAUGUGUAGAAGCUCAGACUGAUGCAGUAAAAAGGAGGUUAUUUUAUUCUCAUUCUCUCUAACCCAUGGAUGAUCUGUCUCUGAGAAAGAGCAGUUGAUUGUGAAUUGAGGUUUUGAAACUCCAUUUGGCAAAGACUGUUUCUUUAGAAAGUAACAUGCCUGCAAAUGACACAUGUGCUGGAACAGAUACAGAUUUUCGAUACUUCAUCUAUGCAGUGACAUACACUGUCAUUCUUGUGCCAGGUUUCAUAGGGAACAUAUUAGCCUUGUGGGUAUUUUAUGGCUAUAUGAAAGAAACAAAACGAGCUGUGAUAUUCAUGAUAAACUUAGCCAUUGCUGACUUACUACAAGUUCUCUCCCUACCACUGAGGAUCUUUUACUACUUGAAUCAUGACUGGCCAUUUGGGACUGGCCUAUGCAUGUUCUGUUUCUAUCUUAAGUAUGUAAAUAUGUAUGCAAGUAUAUACUUCUUGGUCUGCAUUAGUGUACGACGAUUUUGGUUUCUCAUGUAUCCUUUUCGCUUCCAUGACUGCAAACAGAAAUAUGACCUAUACAUCAGCGUUGCUGGCUGGCUGGUCAUCUGCCUUGCCUGUUUGCUCUUUCCUCUCCUGAGAACAAGUGAAGACACCCCAGGCAACAGAACUAAAUGCUUUGUGGAUCUUCCUACCAGGAAUGUCAAACUGGCCCAGUCUAUUGCCAUGAUGACCAUUGGCGAAUUGAUUGGGUUUGUCACUCCUCUUCUGAUUGUUCUGUAUUGUACCUGGAAGGCUGUUUUAUCACUGCGAGAUAAAUACCCUGUGGCCCAGGACCUUGGAGAGAAAAAGAAGGCUUUGAAGAUGAUUUUAACCUGUGCAGGAGUAUUCCUAAUUUGCUUUGCACCUUACCACUUUAGUUUUCCUUUAGAUUUCCUGGUCAAGUCCAACGAAAUUAAAAGCUGCGUAGCCAGAAGGGUGAUUCUGAUAUUUCACUCUGUUGCCCUGUGUCUUGCUAGUCUUAAUUCUUGCCUUGACCCAGUUAUAUACUACUUCACCACUAAUGAGUUCAGAAGACGGCUUUCAAGGCAAGAUUUGAAUGAUAGCAUCCAACUCCAUGCGAAAUCCUUUGUGAGCAACCAUAUUGUUUCUACCUUGACAACUGAAUUAUGCUAAAUAAAAUAAAAUGAAAAAAAUAAAACCUGAAUGUGACCUGAAAUGCAAAUAUAUUAGAACACAUUUGCAAUACCCCAAGCUACUGGGAAGUCACAGGAAGCACUCAUAUGACUUCAGUCAUGCUCUAUCUUACCUAACAUCUUCAUUACAGAACUUAUUUAUGGAGUUAUACUCCACCAUCACUGAUGUUGACAUGUUCAUGAGUAAUUUGUCACCAAGUCUUUGAGACUUGAACUAUAAAACUUCAGUGACGUCCUAUACACAUAUUCUCUCAACUAGAGUCAGCUGUUUUAUCUGUGAACUUAAGAAACAAAGGGACGUUUAGCUUGGUGUCAUCAUAAGCACUUAGUUUUGUCACAGUGGACACUGAGUAUUUAGAGGCAAAGUAGUUGACUAUUUAUACUGGUAAUCACAGUUUGUAUUCCAAUAUCAUAUUUUUGGUUGUAUUUUAAGUAGGAUGACCAAUAUAUCAUUCUGUGAAAAUAAAGUGUUUUAAACAUGGGGCCACUUUUAUCUCCAAUGUAUGAUUACACUCUGGAUUUGAAGACUCAAAUAGCUAUUGCCUCCCUUUCAGUGUCAAUAUGAAACACCAUCUGUUAUGCCUAUUCAUAUAAUGGAAAACUGAACUUAGGCCUUUGGUAUGUUAAAAGCAAGAACAAGAAACAGAUUCACAUGCAAUUCCUUUCUACAACUGUAUAAGCUGCCAUAUUGAAUCUACCCAGGGCAAAUAGCUUGUCAAAGUUCAUACAGUGUGACAUAAAUUGCCUUUAUAGGUCCAGGAGAUAGCACAUAGGUGACAAUCACAGUUUUGGUUCUCUUAAACUAUUUUCAAAGAAUACAUUUGGAGAUACAUGGAUCUACCUAGUAAAAGGAGUUUCCAUUAUGCUUCCAGAGUGACUUUCAGGUACUCUGACAGGUUACUGCAUUUUCUGAGUCUAGGGAAGAAAUACUGCACUAACUACUCACUAAGCUUAGGCCAGAGCAAAAGAUGAAGUAGAGUUGGGUACACCUCUUAAAAGCCUCACCACACUGUAUUUCUUACUUUAAGUUAGGUGGCAACUGUCAAGCUACAUUCACAAGUCAGGGUAAGGUUUGGAGGCAGCCAGGCAUGUGGAUCCUAGUCUUCAGUAAUUUGUCUGAUCCAUCUUUUUCCCAGUCAUACCAUUCUGAGGUCUACAAAGCCUACCUCCCAGCAGCUGGAGAAGACAAUUCUUUCACCUUUUAAAAAAGUGCAGGAGAUUAAUUUUGGCAGCAUUUAACAUCCCUUACAAUUCCUUUUCUGCUACCUCUUUGGUACUAGUAUUCAGGAAAUAGACUGAUGAUAUGAAUAUUAAUUAAAUAUGAGGUCUUACAUAUUUACAGUACUUCGAAACAUGUUUUAGCAAAAAUCUCUAACUUAAAAAAAUGCUCUGCUUAAAAUGUGUGUGCUAUAUACAAUGAAGAAACAUGCUACUUCUCAUCUGGAAGGAUUGUGGAAAUCAACCAAGGAUUCCAUCAUAGACGAAAGGAGUUGUUUCAGGCACACAGUUAUGAUACUAAUAUGUUUGGCGGAAAAACUGGUGAAAUCCAAAUGGAUUCUAAUAUAUAAGAUGAAUGGAAAAAUUUUUAAUGUUUUCUCUGAACAAGUGUUGAUUUUGCUUGUACUUUGUUAUUAAAAUAAUAUCCUAUUAGAAGACUGAUUUUGUGCUGCUAGCAAUAGUGUAUCUAUUUAUCUCCUAAUUAUUCACUGUAAGGUACAUAUUUUGCUGUGUUAAAUUGUGUUUUUAAAAAGGGUAACUGUAACUAUGUCUGGUCUCUUUGAUUUAAAGUGACUUGUGUUUGGGCCGGCCGAGUGGCGCGAUGGUUAAGAAUUGGCUUGGGACGCCAGAGGGCCCCGGUUCAG